CUGGAGAAAGUAUGUUGAAGGAAAUACAGGAUAAGUUUGAAAUUGAUAAGUCUAGCGAUUACUUCCGAAUGUAUGCAUUUGUCUUGGAGACCAUGCAACGUUUAUAUAGAUUGUACAAGUGUAGGUUGCACAAUUACUACAAAAGUGCGAGAUGCGGAAAAACUAACGAGGAGCUCAAAAAGAAUCCUCCUUUUGACUUACCCCAACCUCAAUGGGAAUAUCUAAUCAAGUAUUACGGAUCUGACAAAUUUAAGGCAUUUCUUUAACUAAACUAUGUACUAUUUAUGAACUAUGAGCCGAUGUAUAUGAACUAUGAGCAAGAACUUGAUUGGCAUCAACUUUUGUAAUCAUCAUGCAGGUCAUAAGUGAGAGGAACUGUAAAAAUCGGAAUUCUGCCAAGAGAACUAUGCAUACGACUGGAAAUUUAUCAUUUCCUGAAUCAGAAGAUGUAUUGACAAAAGAGAAUGAUAAUGUGAAGCUAACUGCUGAUAAAGUUUGGCUUAUCCAACACACUCGUAAGAAUGAUCAAGGAAAACUAGAAUGGCUCGAUACGCGGUCAAAAGAAAUCCAUGUGAAGUUGAAAGAUGUUGUUGCAUCAGCUGGGGAUUCAAUGACACAAGAUGAAAUUUUGCUUAGAGUUCUGGGCCAAAAGUCAGGGCAUGUACGUGGAAAAGGGACAGGGAUACGUGCAUAUUCUAAAGAGAAAGCACAAAUAGAACAACGUAAGAUCGUGGAGCAACAACAAGAGAAAAUUCAAGAGCAACAACAACAAAUUAAAGAUUUGAUGGAAAGUCAGUUGCUACAACAACGACAAUUUGAAGAAUAUAAGGCACAACAACAAGAAGCAAUUGAAUCGAUGAAACAAAGCAUCUUACAACAGCUACAGAGUAAAGAAGUUCAAUGA